AGUACACAGCUUAGCUCCUCGGCUGUAUGUUUGUUUCACGAAUUCGGGCCACAAAAGCAAAGAUAUAUUUGAAAUCCUUGGAAAACGUACGAUCACACGUAUUUUUUAGCGUGUUUGCUACUUUAAAAGUAGGCAUUUUUUAGAUGUCAGUACGCAUCCAUUGCAAAUAUCGCGCAUACUAAUAAACGUAAAGUGACAACAGCGGAAGUAGUCUUUUCAAGGCUGUACAUUUGUUCCAAGCACAGUUCCAAGACUUUGGCCCAAAUAAAAUAGCAUCUUCGUAGUCUAAACUUGAUCUUUACAACGACACCAAACACGUGUGUAUUUUAUUGUACUCUUUAUGUCACAGAAAUUACGUCACAAUAGCAUUUUUUAUUUUGGUUCUGGUCUGAAUCGUUUCAGCAUAUUACGUAAAUCUUAAUGUUGCAUUACACCUUAUUUAUGGCAGAAUAUGGAAGAACGAAAAUUGUGAAAUGUAACGUGGUGAUCUCUAAAUGGAUCCUUUGUUGCUCAAUAAUACUAGCACUGACUCCUCUAUGUUUGUGUGAGAUGGAUUUAUUUAAUCUUAUUGGCACACAGCCUAAAACGUAUAGUGGUGGCGAUCCUUGUUUAGAUUUUGACGUUGGCCAUUUUUCUGACGAAGAAUCCGCACAUAAAGUUAGAUUUGGUACGAAGGGUUGGACAUCUAAUGAAUUAUGGAAUGUUGGCGAAAGAAAAGCCUCCGUAGACAUCUUCUCCCUUGGGUGUGUCUAUCAUUUUGUCAUCACACGAGGUGGUCAUCCUUUUGGUGUAUUAACUGACCUAGAUAGUUGCCAAGACAACAUCUGUUCUAAGGAGAACAAUUUCAAUCUUGAUGACAUAAAUGAGCAUUAUAAGGAAACGCCAUAUCUGGCAAGUUUGGCUCGGGAUUUGAUAUCAAAAAUGAUUUCUUUCUAUCCUGUUGAAAGACCGGAAGCCCUUGACGUUUUACAUCAUCCUUUAUUAUGGACCAGUAAAGAUAGGUUGAGUUUUUUUGAUGAGCUUGGGAAAAUUGUAGAAGAAAAAAAAGAUGCAAGGAUCGUUGCCUUUAAAGAAAAACUGGAAAGGGGAGCUGCCAAUGUAUUUGGGAAAAGUUGGAAAGUAAAAGUAGACAAAGCCCUUCGAAGUGAUUGUGAGAAAUAUGACGAGGAUAAGAUGCACACCCUACUAAGAGUAAUUCGUAACAAAAUACAGCACAUUAAAACCCUUGGUCCAAAACUAAAGGAAAUUUUCUCAUAUAAUAGUGAUGGAGUGGUUGAUUAUUUUCUUUUGUGUUUUCCUGAAAUUUUGCUUUACACAUACUCUAUUGCAAGAGAACAUGAUUUGUCUCUUUUACCCACGCCCCGUCUGUGAUGUAAUCAAUUUGAAUUAUGAAUGUUAUCGGCCGUGUUCUGAAAGCUCA